AUGGCUGGAUACCUCGGCCUCUGGAUACUCUCGAGUUAUGUAAUCUUUGGAAAUGGACUUCAUUUAGAGAUUCUUGGUGGAAGGCAUGAGCAAGUACUCCAUCAGAAGAGCUUAAUCAGGCAAAAGCGAGAAUGGAUUGUCCCACCUUCCAUGAUCUGGGAAGAGCGUGACAAUUCCUAUAAGAACCCAAUUGCUAAGAUUCGGUCUGACAAAGAUGUUGAAAAAGGAGUAAUUAUUACUUACACCAUUUCUGGUCCAGGAGUCACAGAGCCACCAUAUGGUUUGUUUGUGAUUAAUGGGAAAACUGGUGAAUUGAAUAUAACUGGAAUAGUCGAUCGGGAAAAAACCCCAAUGUUACAUCUGAGGGGCUAUGCACUGAAUCAAAGAGGUGAAAAUCUGGAAAGGCCACUGGAUCUGCGGAUUAGAGUUCUGGAUGUAAAUGACAAUAGCCCAGUGUUUUCACAAACAAGCUUCAGUGGUUCUGUUGAAGAAUUGUGUGAAGUGGGUACUCUUGUGCUGAAGAUAAAUGCAACUGAUGCAGAUGAGCCCAAUACAUUCAACUCCAAAAUUGCUUUUAGGAUUAUUUCCCAAGAACCUAAUGAUCUUAAUGCAUUUGUCAUUAACAAAGCAACAGGCGAAGUCCGGACAGCAACAUUCCAGCUUGACAGAGAGAUACAUAAUAGUUAUUCCUUGGUUGUAGAAGCAAAAGAUUGUGAUGGAGAGGAACGUGGAAAUGCUCAAGUGACUAGUCUACAGAUCAAGAUUCUGGAUGUUAAUGACAACAUCCCUAAACUUAACAGGACUGCGUAUGAAGGAAGUGUAAAGGAAAAUAUAGCUAAUGUGGAAAUCAUGCGCCUGGACGUCUUUGAUGACGAUGAGCAAUUUACUGAUAACUGGCUGGCAAACUUUACGAUUGUGUCUGGCAAUGAAGGAGGCUACUUCCGUAUAGAAACAGAUUCACAAACCAACCAAGGAAUUCUUACUCUGAUUAAGGAAAUAAAUUACGAAGAAUUGAGGACGAUGGACCUGAAGAUAGUAGUUUCUAACAAAGCAGCAUAUCACAAAUCAAUUAUUAAUCAAGUUUCCCAAGUAAAACCAAUUUCUGUCAAAAUUAAUGUGGAAAAUGUGAGGGAAGGCCCUGUAUUUAAGCCCCAAACAUUAGUGAUUAAGACAACUGAAACAAUGAAAAUAAACCAGAUUAUUGGAAGCUUUCAAGCUUAUGAUGAAGACACACAAAAAAUAGCACAACGCAUCACGUAUGCCAAAGGAAGUGAUAUUGCGAACUGGUUGAUAAUAAAUGCUAAAACAGCUGAAAUCAGACUACGUAAAGUCCUAGACUAUGAAUCAUCCUAUGUCAUCAAUGGUACUUACACUGCAACAAUUUUGGCCAUAAGUACUGACUAUCCUCCAAAAACAGCUACGGGUACCAUCGUUAUUCAGAUUGAAGACAAGAAUGAUCACUGCCCAAUUCUUGUGACUCAAAAAACAACUGUUUGUACUGAUACAAAGUAUAUUAAUAUCACUGUUGAGGAUCGAGAUAGACAUCCAAAUGGUGGUCCUUUCACUUUCAUGAUCAUUGAUGAACCUGAAAGAAUGUCAGACAAAUGGAGAAUUGGCCAUGUAGAUGGGUCCAGAGCUCAGCUUAUACUCCAGGAUGUGACACCUAACACAUACAGAAUUCCUAUUUUAAUAAAAGAUAACCAAGGCUUGAGCUGUCCUGACCAACAAGUACUGGAGGUGGACGUUUGUGAUUGCAAGGAUGGCACUGGUUGCCAGAGUAGAAUUAUCAGCUCCUCUCUUUUUCUGGGACCCUCUGCAGUUGCACUGAUGAUCUUGGCAUUUUUGCUGCUACUACUCGUGCCUCUCUUACUGCUGGCCUGUGGCUUUGGAUCGGGCUUUGGAUCAGGAGGUGGAAAAGGAUUUGUAGCUAUACCUGACAACAGUGAAGAAAUGUUGCGUAACUGGAACAGUGAAGGAGCAGCACCUGAAGAUAAGGCAAUGCUGAACCUCCUUACUUCCUCUGGAUCAGAAAAAUAUGUGGGCUUUGGAACAGCAGCCGUGGGAGCAGGAGGAGCAGCAGCAGCAGCAGCAGCAGGGAACAGCUUCUCCUCUACAAUCAAGGAGCAGAACAUGAGCAACAACACGAUCACGAGAUGGCAGAGAGAAGACCGAGAAGCUCUUCUUUCUGGGGGAGAAUUUGCAGGUGCCUCAGCCGCAGGGGCAGGCUUGACAGCAGGUGGGACAAUGCUGUUAGGAGCUGGCAGAACUUUAGCUAUGGAUACUGGCAUGAUCAUGAAUGAAGAAUUCUUACGGGGUUACUUCAAUGAGAAAGCUGAUGCUUUUGCUGAUGAGGAUGAACUGCAGCUUGCCAAAGAUUGCCUACUCAUUUACUCCCAGGAGGAAGAGCACGAGUCACCUCAUGGUUCAGUUGGCUGCUGUAGCUUUAUUGACGGUGACAUUGAUGAACAUUUUUUGGAUGACUUGGGAGACAAAUUUAAGACUCUGGCUGAGAUCUGCAUGGGCAAACACACAGACCUAAAAGCAGAGCAGUUCAGUUCUCAUGCCCAGAAAGAUACAACUAAUCCUGCAAUGAAUGGAUCUGGUUUGCAGUACUCACAGCAGAAGCAUGCAGCGAAUGCCGAACACACCUAUUCGUCAGGGGCUGUCUACAACUUAUCUGAACCUGUGAAAGGCUUUGGCUCAGAAACGAUGACUGAGAAAAUAAUAACUGAGUCAACUGUUACAACUAAGUCUAACCUGCAGCCAGUGAAGCGAAUCCCAGAUCCUGUGGUUAGCAGCAGCAGCAGCAGCAGCAAUGUUGUAGUGACAGAAACAUCAUAUGGGACGGUACCAUCAACAGUCAUCCGUGACCCUCAGUUUAAGGAGAAUGUGGUAGUGACAGAAAGGGUCCUUGCACCUGCUUCUAGCUUGCAGGAUAUGUUAGAAAUACCUGCUGGUGUCUUCCCAGACCUCCCAGAUUCAAAAUACGUUGUUGUAAGAGAAAGGGAGCGAGUCCUUGUGCCUAGCUCUGAUUUAAAGGCUUCUGUAAGCAUCCCCAAUCUGUCAGAAGGACAGAAUGUGGUAAUAACUGAGAGAGUAGUGACACCAACUCCUGUUAGGCGGGCCACAGCUGAAGCAGGCACUUUUCCUAACAAUGAGAGGCAGGAACAGAUUUUAAUUUCUGACUCAUUCUUUAACCAAAGUAGCCCACAGGAAGUGUUUCCCACAGGUUCAACCUUAAGCAAGUCCUCAACGGUAAAACAAAAAUACAGCACGGUCCAAUAUACACGCUCAUAGGUGGAUUUCCAUCCAUCACUUCUUAUGUAUUAUUUAGCAUUGGUAGGAUUGAUUGAUUGCCAUUUCAAGAGCUUGAAUGUGUUGUUUCACUUUCCUAACGAUGCAUUUUACCAACUCACAAGGAUGCAACCUUAAAACCAUAUAAUAGGUGCAAUUCCUCACUGUGAAAUGCAGGAUUUAUUUUUGAAAAGUUACUCAUAAGAUAGCUCUGUUAAAGAGUUCCUGAAAUUAAACCCCCCAAGCUUACGCAGAUAGACAAUCGAAAGAGCAACAUAAAUUACUGUAUGACUCCAAAAUCAAAAUAUUUUUACUCUGGUUAAUAGUCCAGCUGAAGUUAGUUCAGUAUUUAUUAUGCAGCAAAUUCUACUGGCCUGUACCAUGAACCUAAAUAUACUUAGUUUUUUUUUCUAAUUAAUACACUGGAUUUAUUGUUUCAACAAUAUAGUUAAUAUUGAAGUAUAUGUAUCAAAAAAAAUUGAAUAUAUUUUAGUUUGGUAAAAUUGACUUCAGAAAUGUAUUUUUAAAGAGUUCAGUAUUCACAAUCAUUUACCACUGAGUUUAGUGGGAUUUAUUCUUCGUCAGUACAGUCAGGAUGCAGCCUUAAAACCACAAUUUUAACUGGUGUGUUAUUCAUCGUAUAUAUAGGAAGCGUUCCUAUUCAAUAAAAGAAUGGAUCCCAUUUCAUUUUUUAAAAAAUAAACUCUAUAGAUUUUUAUAAAUUCUUUACCAAUAGAAACUGAGUGAAAUGGUUUUGUUUCUUGUAUUUAUAUAUUCUUUUUGAAAUGAAUUAGUUUAUCUGCAUGGUUGGUUUAGAUAUUGUAUUUGAACAAGGUAAUACAUUUCUGAAAGCAGAAUUUCUGAAAGCAGUGUUUUUUUCCGCGGAUGUCAGAUAUCACACAAUCAUAACAUCAAAAAAUUUAACAUUUUUCAAUCUCAAGAUUUCUGCCAUUAAAAAAUAAAUAAAUAUUUACUUUUUUUAAAAAAAAAAAAAGGUUCUGCACUGUGAGUUGCCUUUUCUGCCCAACAGUCUAUUGGGAUUCCACACCCAAUUGGACAGGCCCAGUCUGUUUUGUGAAAGGAAGAUUUCCUAAAUAUGGUUCCCAAGGGUUUGUUUCAAGUCUGAUGAUCCCUCCCUCUUGGGAAAUGUGGUUUUUAUUAGAAGAGAAUCAGCCUGUGGAAUGCGCUUGUAAGAUAGAAAUCAUCUUUUGCUUUCUUUGCAUGUGAAAUGGGCUCCUGUGUUCAGCAAUAGGAGAUAGAGUGUUUCUCCCAAAAUAAAACCAGGGCUUAUAAUAAUUUUUGCUCCCAAAGUUGAAUUGGGGCUUAUGUUUAAGUUUGGUCUUAUUUGGGGUACUAAAUGUGUCCGUCUGGCUGACGAUCUUAAUGGGGGCUUAUUUUGUGGGGUAGAGCUUAUACUACUAACAUCCUGGAAAAUCCUGCUAGGACUUAUUUUCCAGUUGGGUCUUAUUUUCAGGGAAACAUGGUAAGCCACUGGAGACUGGUUAAAUUAAAAAUAAAAUGUAUCCAAUGUAGGAUGGUCAUAUUGGUCUUAAGAGAAGGAGAGAAUUCAAGCAGUCAGGUCUCUGAUACUUUUGUGCCAUGAAUAUAUAUAUUUGCUUUAUGCACUUUGUAAAGGCUUAAUCUAACUAAUGACCAUAGCAUAUUUGAUGUGGCUAUUCUUGUACAUAUGUCUGAUGAAUAAUAUGAGAAAAUAUAAAUACAUAUGUUUACAUUUUGGGAGUGAAUAAUGCAUACAAGUAAAGGGAAUUAGAUAUCUGCUUAUUUUACAUUUCUCUUUCCUUUUUAAAUCCAUAGUUUUGUCCAUGGCUGUGGUAUAUGAUCCUGUGUUAUAGUGAAUUUAAGCCACUUCAUAGUAGACCUACGGUUAUUACCAUAUUUUUCUCAGCUGGUAUGGGAAUGCAACCUGCUUGAUUUCAAAAUGUAAUAAUGAUUUCAGGGUUCUUAGCUUUCAUUUUAUAUAACAACUUUGCUGUUUAAAUACUAGUUUUGUAGUCAAGGAAUGGGCUGGAUAUGCUGACAUUUUUAAUGGAAUUGGAAAUAAAACCAA